UCCAUCUCUCAGGUGGCUAUAGAGAGUUGUCAGCCACGUAGCUGCAUAGAAGUUAAGCUGGUACAAGUGCGCGUACAAGAUGAUCGCUCCGCUGCUCAGCAACCAAAUAGCGAGGCCGGCUGGUGCCAUCAACGACACAAGGCGGAGGCUGCAGGCAGACGGCCCGGCCACCGUGCUCGGCAUCGGGACGGCGAACCCGCCGAAUUUCGUGAGGCAGCAGGAUUACGCCGACUACUACUUCCGCGUCACCAAGAGCGAGCAUCUCACUGACCUUAAAGCCAAGCUCAGGAGAAUAUGCUACAAAUCGCCGAUCAAGAAACGCUACUUCCACCACACGGAGGAGCUGCUCGACAGCCACCCCGAGUUCGCCAACCGCACGUCUCUAUCCUUGGACGCGCGGCAGGACAUCUUGGCCACUGCCGUCCCCGAGCUCGCCGCGGCAAAGGCUAUCGCCGAGUGGGGCCGGCCAGCGACGGAAAUCACCGACCUCGUCGUCAGCAGCUACUCCGGCGCCCAAAUGCCCGGCAUCGAUUUCCACCUCGCGUCCUUGCUCGGCCUCCGCCCUUCCGUGCGCCGCACCAUGAUGUACAUGAACGGCUGCUCCGGCGGCGCCGCCGCGCUCCGCCUCGCCAAGGACAUCGCGGAGAACAACCGCGGCGCGCGCGUCCUCGUGGCCUGCGCCGAGCUCACGCUCAUCAUGUUCCGCGCGCCCCACGAGGCCCAGCUCGGUUCGCUCGUCAUGCAGGCUCUGCUCGGGGACGGCGCGGGCGCCGUCGUCGUCGGCGCCGAUCCCGUCUCCGGCGAGCAGCCGGGCUUCGAGAUGGUGUCGGCUUCGCAGACCACGAUACCGGAGAGCAAGAACAUAGCCGUGGGCCGGCUCGGCGCGGAUGGGUUCCUCUUCAACCCUUCCAAGGAGUUGCCAUUACUGGUUCGUGAAAACAUCGAGCGAUGCGUCGGUGAUGCGCUUGCGCCGCUGGGGACUGUCGCGAGCUGGAACGACCUCUUCUGGGCGGUGCAUCCGGGUGGGCCCGCCAUCUUGGAUGGCGUCGAGGCGGGGCUCGGGUUGGAUCCCCGGAAGCUGGAAGCGAGCCGACGGGUACUGCGGGAGUACGGGAACAUGUCCGGGCCGUCGGUGAUCUUCGUGCUCGAUGAGCUCCGCCGCCAGCAAGAGGAGAUGAACGAGAUGGGCGUCAUGGUAGGGCUCGGACCAGGGCUCACUGUCGAGACCAUGGCGUUGCGCGCCAUAGAUAGUCAAAGGAAGGUUUAGCACACCAGCAUACGAUAAGCACCGGCUGGUGUCUUAAUUAUAUAUGCCUCUAUAUGUUUUGCACGUAAAUUUUGCAUUUGCAUGAACAUAGUUCAGUUUAA